AAUAUUAACUAUCGUGCACGGGUUGAAAAGAUGAUACAAAGACAGUCAUUACCGCGCGCUGGACAACACCGACGGCACGAGCACAGCCCCAACCCCCCACCCUUGCUCGUCAAGCUUCCGGUCCCUCUCACCCCGAGGCCGGACGUGAUGUCACGACAGUGAUGGCAGCCCCCAGCCCUGCGGCCACGUGGUAGGCGCCGGCGGAGGCAGCGACCAAUGCACCUACAACUUGGAUACCAGUGCUAACAGUAACUUUCAACCUGGCUGAAGACUCGUCCAUCUCAUUGCAGUCAGUGGGAGAUGAGUUGUAAAGAGCACGUACCCAGUUACCAUUUUGAGUAAUCAUGAUGAAGACAAAAAAAGGAAAUAAGUUUAGAGCUUCCUUUAAAUCAAAACAAAGGGGUAUCAAAGUAGUAGGAAAAUGGAAACCUGUCGAAAUUGACCCAAAUCUAUUUGCUGAUGAGCAGCUUGGAGAUCUGGUAUGCUUUGAGGAACUUACAGAUUAUAAGUUAAUAAAUUCCUCUAAAUCUGGAAAAGAAAAAGGCAAGAAGAGAAAAUCUGAUAGUCUCUCUGAAAAAGAGGAUUCUACCAUCCAAAAAAAAAAGAGAAAGAAAGGCAAAGGUUUGGGAACUAGAACAAAUAAAAAUGAUCAUUCUGAGGAGAGAGAUGACGUACUCACUGAUCAAGAAGAUGAACCUAAAGAUACCGUCACAUUGACUGAUUCUGAGGAAAAUGAAAACAAAGCUGAAGCUGCUUUAAGCACAGAAAAAACUUUGAAGAAGAAGAAAAAAAAGAAAGCAUCUCUACCCCAGCAAGAUCCUCCCCCAGCAAAAUCUUCUAAGAAGCUUACGAAUUGGACAACUCAGGUUUUAUCUGCAUCAUCUGAUCAAACAGCUGAUGUGUCUGCAUGGAAAGACCUCUUUGUUCCAAAACCAGUUCUUCAGGCCUUGAGUUCUCUGGGAUUUAGUGCUCCAACUCCUAUUCAGGCAUUAGCUCUGCCUUCUGCAAUUCGAGAUCAUAUGGAUAUUCUGGGCGCUGCAGAAACAGGAAGUGGGAAGACGCUGGCAUUUGCAAUUCCAAUGAUCCAUGCUGUGCUAGAGUGGCAAAACUCAAAAAGCUUGCCAAGCAGAAGUGCCAGUGCAGACCUGGUAUGUGAAGAUGGCCAAGAAACAAAUUGGGAAAAUGAUAAUAAAAUGAAAGACCCAAGUCCUGAGCAGGGUGAAGAGGAUAGUGAUAGCAAUGAAUCUGUCACGACAGGCUGCAUGAAGGUGCUAGAAAAUAUAGACUUUGAUUUUGAUAACAGCAAACAUGCUGUCGACUCAGAUAAAAACAGGCCUCUCUUAGGACUUGUUCUGGCUCCUACAAGAGAAUUAGCAGUACAAGUAAAACAUCAUAUUGAUGCAGCAGCCAAAUUUACAGGCAUUAAAACUGCAAUCCUGGUUGGUGGCAUGGCUCCUCAGAAACAGCAGAGAGUCUUGAAUCGGAAGCCGGAAAUUGUAAUUGCAACCCCAGGCCGCCUGUGGGAACUAAUUAAAGAGAAACACCCGCAUCUCUCAAAUCUCCGGCAGCUCAGGUGUCUUGUGAUCGAUGAAGCAGAUCGAAUGGUUGAAAGGGGACAUUUUUUGGAACUGUCUCAGUUGCUAGAAAUGUUAAAUGAUUCGUACUAUAAUCCUCAGCGUCAGACUUUUGUGUUUUCUGCUACGCUAACUUUGGUCCAUCAGGCUCCCACAAGAGUUUUGCAGAAGAAAAAUGCUAAGAAAGUAGACCGAAAGACCAAACUGGAAAUGCUAAUAGAGAAAGUAGGGAUAAAGGGCAAGCCCAAAAUAAUCGACCUAACAAGGAAAGAGGCCACUGUAGAGACACUGACAGAAACCAGGAUCCACUGUGACAAAGAAGAGAAGGACUAUUAUCUCUAUUACUUCCUACUUCAGUACCCAGGAAGGACCAUGGUUUUUGCAAACAGCAUUGACUGCAUAAAACGUCUCAGUGCUCUCCUCACAAUCCUAGACUGUAAUCCUCUGCCAUUGCAUGCAAACAUGCACCAGAAACAGAGGUUAAAAAACCUGGAAAGGUUUGCUGAGCAAGAGAGCUGCAUCCUCUUGACAACAGAUGUUGCAGCUCGUGGCCUUGAUAUUCCUAACGUACAGCAUGUCCUCCAUUACCAGGUUCCACGGACUUCUGAGAUUUACGUGCACAGAAGCGGCAGAACAGCCCGAGCUGCCAACGGUGGCCUGAGCUUGCUGCUGAUUAGCCCUGAUGACAUGAUUAAUUUUAGAAAGAUCUAUAAGACGUUGGAAAAGAACGACGAUCUUGCAUUUUUCCCUGUUGAAACAAAAUACAUAACUGCUGUCAAAGAGCGUGUGAAUUUAGCAAGGCAGAUCGAGAAGAUGGAGUAUUACAACAGUAGAGCAAAGCAGCAUAACUCCUGGUUCCAACAAGCUGCAGAGGCUCUCGAAAUCGAUCUCGAUGAUGAUGUCCUUGUAGGGGGAAGAUCUAGUGAACAAGAAGAGAGUAAGAAGCAGAAGAUGCUGAAAGGAAUGAAAAAACAUCUGAAACAUCUGCUAUCUCAACCACUGUUUAAAAUCCUUAUGAAGACCAAAUAUCCAACGCAGUCUGGAAAGCUACUCCUCCCUCGGUCACCAGUGAACAGUUCAGAAUCUGCUUUGAGCACUGUAUCAAAACAACAAGCCAAGAGGAAGAAAAAGAAAAAGCUGAUUCCAGAUGAAUUGGAGAAAUGAUUUUUUUAAGACAGUUAAGAGUGGGAGAGAAAGGGGUGGAUCUCAUGCCUAUUAGUGACUGUUUAAACGGUGCUGGUGGAGAUUGGGCAACAAAGUAUUUGGCACCAAGUGGAUGGAAGUUCUAGCCAAAUAACUUCUAAGUAUUCCAGAUUGUAAGAUAGUGCAAGACAUGCUUGAAAAUUGAGCUAAAGAUAGUUGUUAACAUGAGCACUGUAAUUAGCUGAUUCGUCAUGAAUAUCAGAACUCCUGUUCGCUCUAUUUUUAUUGACCUUUUAUUCUAAAGUUCAUAAUGAAAUAUAUUUUUGGAAAAUGUUAUGAACAGGACUUUGUUUAUAUGAUGGGUAAAGUUACUGGGCUGAAUUCAUUCCAGUUUCAGGUCCAGUAAUUACAGUGAAUCUGGACCGUUUAAGUUUUCCAAGAGCAGGUAGACAGUGGAAAGGUGCAUGUAGAUGAGAUGUGGAUUUCCAUCCACUGCUAACUUGGUGCUAGUGUGCAGUUUGGCCUCUGCAGGUACCAGUUCAACAAGACGAGAUAAACAGAGUAGUGGUGCCAGUGAGCCUCCAGCUCUGGUUAAGGGAAGAUUCUCCUCUCCACAGAAAGAGCCUUUCUGUAGCAGUUUAAUUUUUCAGCUCCUGCCUGCCCGCCUGCCCCCCUCCCGGUGUGUAAUUUCAUUUGUCCCCUGCUGCUGUGUGUUUAUGUAAUGUGUAACAAAGUCAGGAUUACAAUGGGCUGGAACUGACCUUGGAAGAAUACUAAUCAAGAUGCAUUUCUUAGGGGAAAUGUUCAGAUGCUGUGUUUUAUUUUUUUCAGACUUAGCUUGAAAGCUAAGUGAUGCUAUCACGGCCCCCGUUUUUGUGAAAAAGUGCAUGUAUGCUAUAAAAUACAUGCAUGACAUAGUAAAAUUUAAGAUUGACAUUUUAUCAUUUUUUUAUCCAAGUGAAAAUAAUUCUUUAAAUAUCUUAAAGUUCUCAGAUCAGAAAAUGUGUUUUAAUGAAAGUACAUAAUAUAUAUCUUAGCAA